AUUUCGGAAAGAUGGCGGCGGCGGCGGCUACUACAGUGGCGGCGGCCGAGCAGAGUUCCAACGGGCCCGUGAAGAAGUCCAUGCGCGAGAAGGCCGUCGAGCGCAGGAACGUCAACAAAGAGCACAACAGCAACUUCAAGGCCGGCUACGUCCCCGUUGACGAGGACCGUCUCCACAAGACCGGCCUGCGGGGAAGGAAGGGCAACUUGGCCAUCUGCGUGAUCGUCCUGCUCUUCCUCCUGGCCGUCAUCAACCUGAUCAUCACCCUGGUUAUCUGGGCGGUGAUCCGGAUCGGGCCCAACGGCUGCGACAGCAUGGAGUUCCACGAGAGCGGCCUGCUGCGCUUCAAGCAGGUGUCCGACAUGGGAGUGAUCCACCCCCUGCACAAGAGCACGGUCGGGGGCCGGCGCAACGAGAACCUGGUCAUCACCGGGAACAACCAGCCCAUUGUCUUUCAGCAAGGGACGACCAAGCUGAGCGUGGAGAAGGACAGGACCUCCAUCACCAGCGACAUCGGGAUGCAGUUUCUAGACCCGCGGACGCAGAAUACCCUGUUCAGCACCGACUACGAAACCCACGAGUUCCAUUUGCCCAGUGGUGUGAAGAGUCUGAAUGUGCAGAAGGCCUCCACGGAGAGGAUCACCAGCAACGCGACCAGUGACUUAAACAUAAAGGUGGACGGGCGCGCCAUCGUCCGCGGGAACGAAGGAGUGUUCAUCAUGGGCAAAACCAUCGAGUUCCACAUGGGCGGAAACAUGGAGCUUAAAGCCGAACACAGCAUCAUCCUCAACGGGACGGUCAUGGUCAGCCCCACCCGCCUGCCCAGCGCGGCCCCGGGCCAGCAGCCCAGCGACGGCCACUGGCUGCGCUACAAGCUCUGCGUGUGCGCCGACGGCACUCUGUUCCGCGUGCAGGUGACGGGCCCCAACAUGGGCUGCCAGGUCUCCGACCCGCCAUGCGGCGACAACUCACGCUAGGCGAGCGGAGGGAGGACCGAAGUGUGUGCUGUGUGUGUGUGUUUGUGUGUGUGAGAGUGCCUGCAUGCAAGCCACUGCUGUCCGAGCACGCACACGAGCUAGCACGUGUGCCGGAGCCAGCCGGCCGGCCACGCGCUAGCUGGUCUGCUGCCCAUCUCCCAGGUCAUGCGUCUCUGGGACGAGAGGCCGGAACGGCCGUCCCUCCCCGAGGCUCCCUGCUUUAGGGCUGCCCAGGUCCCUUUGGGCCCAAGUGGUGCACCCAGGGUCAGCCCCGAUAAUAAUGGCAAUAAUAAUUGUGGAGUUAAAGUGCUUACCGUGUGCCAAACCCUGUGCCGUGCUGGGAGCAGUA